UUCACCCGCUCCAUUUUUUUUUCAAAUCGCCGCUCAGUGGCGUGGACCGGCGGCCGGCGGCUCGAUUCUUUUCUGACAGAGAUAAAUUCUCUCCCCUCCAGAUUUUUAAAGUGCUCUUCAGUUGUCCCGACGAUGUUUUAUCAUAUUUCUUUGGAACAUGAAAUUCUGCUGCAUCCUCGAUAUUUUGGUCCUAACCUCCUCAACACUGUCAAACAGAAGUUGUUCACUGAGGUCGAGGGAACUUGCACUGGAAAGUAUGGAUUUGUCAUUGCUGUCACCACCAUAGAUAACAUUGGGGCUGGGGUAAUUCAGCCAGGCCGUGGAUUUGUGCUCUAUCCUGUCAAGUACAAGGCCAUAGUCUUUCGGCCAUUUAAAGGAGAGGUGGUUGAUGCUGUGGUCACUCAAGUCAACAAGGUUGGACUUUUCACAGAAAUUGGGCCCAUGUCCUGCUUCAUCUCAAGACAUUCAAUUCCAUCGGAAAUGGAGUUUGAUCCCAAUUCCAACCCUCCCUGUUACAAGACCAGUGAUGAGGACAUCGUUAUCCAACAAGAUGAUGAAAUUCGAUUGAAGGUAGUAGGAACUAGAGUUGAUAAGAAUGACAUAUUCGCUAUUGGCUCUCUGAUGGAUGAUUACUUGGGGUUGGUGAGCUAAAGUUGUCACCUGGCCUCCAACAAUGAAGCGGGCAGCACCCAGAGACAAUCUAGUUUCUUCCCCAAAGCGCUGUCCCUGUUUGAGCAUUCGCUCACUGGGGACCUCUGCCUGUGAUUGCAUUAGUUAUUACACCGAAGCCCCUGGUUCAAGCAGAAUCUGAGAAACAGCAGCCUCAUUUGACAACCCAGGAUUACACCUUGCAAAACCUGCCCUAAUUUGAAUUUGACAUGGCGUUCCUACUCUCCUCUUCUGACAUUGGGCACGUCUCUCUGUUGUCCUCCCCCCAAAAAAAAAGCUUCUCCUUGCUGCCUUUCAACGGUGACUCGAUAAAACUGAAGAAAAGGCCCCUAGACUGACCUGAUUGAUAUCCAUUAUGGUGCCUCAUUCUGGAACACAGAUUGCGAGUGCUGAAUCUACCUUAAGUUUUGGACCCCACCAGCAGGCUGCAAGCACGUUCAAACCUGACCCUCUUCCACUGAGCUGUCCCGUUUCUUCAUCUCGAUCGGUUAAUUGGUUUGUCAGGGAUUUAAGAUGUUGUCUAAGAUCUUUUGAUGUCUGGCAUUGUGCUUUUGAAUGCAAAUGGAGAUUUGAGAUUCAUAUGUCUUUUUAAAAGCAUUCCUCAUUCUUUUGUAUAUAUUUGUGGUAGGUUAUUCUAAUAAAGAAAAUUUUUUAUUGCACUGGAAAA